AUGCCCAAUCGCACGCCCAGGCGCCGCCUCGUCGGCCUCUCUACCAAAAUGUAUUUUUCUCUCCAGCGAACAAGAGACUUUACGGAUAGCUUCAUCUCUACGCUAGCAGCUGUGCCGCAAGAACUCUUAUCCAACAUCGACGUCUUCAUUAUCCCCGACUUCAUCUCCCUCACCAACACAAUCGCGCAAUUAGAAUCAAGCCAUGUCCCCGUAUGGACCGGCGCUCAAGAUUGCCAUUGGGAAGACGAGGGAGCUUUUACCGGUGAAGUCAGUCCCUCAGUGUUAAGCAGCGCCGGCGUCAGGCUCGUGGAAGUCGGGCAUGCGGAGCGAAGGAGGAUUUUCGGUGAAGAUGAUGCCGUGGUUGCGAAGAAGACUGCGGCAGUGAGUCGCAAUGGCAUGAUACCGCUGGUGUGUAUCGGAGAGAGGAAUCAUGGCGACGUUGAUGCUGCCGUCGAUGAGUGCCGCGUGCAAGUUGACGCCAUCAUGAGCUCUGUAGCCGAUGAAGCGGAGGUUUUCCUGGCGUAUGAACCUGUUUGGGCAAUUGGAGCCAGCCAGCCGGCUGGGGAGAAGCACAUUCUGGAUGUCGUUUCUGGGAUUCGAGACUUGGAUUCCGUCAAGAAGAGGACGGGGACAACGAGAGUGCUGUAUGGAGGCAGUGCAGGACCAGGGCUCUACGAGAAGUUGAAGUCCGGGCUGGACGGGUUGUUUCUGGGCCGAUUCGGACAUGACCCGCAGCAGUUUAUCAAGACGAUACGGGAAGUAGCUGAGGCAUGA